AUGGCGUUCCGUAAACCAGCCCCCUCGUACGACCCCCGCCCUGGCAAGGACACCUCAGCCGCGUCGAAGGACAUUUCCAGCAACAGCCUCGCCUUCCUCACCCACAGCGUGCCCUCCCGCCACCGCAGUGGCAGCACCGCUAGCACUCGCAGCACCAAUAGUGAGCAACAACAGAAGGCUACUUCCACCACAAUAACAAACAACAACCCCUUAAAUCCUACCCUAGCCAACAACAGCAGCAAUAGCAACAAUGCACUCCUUCUCCCUCGCAACAGCUCCGACAACAGCAGCACCCAUUCGAAGCAAAGCCAUCACCAUAUCAGACUUCCAUCCUUCUUUCGUCGACGAAAGCAUUCUUCUGCUUCUGCCACCACCGAAUCCCCUUCCUCUCACUCUCCCUCGCCUUCCUCCUCCACCGCCCAACUCUCCCUCCAGCAACACACCAUCGUCAUGGUCCCUACCCACGAUAUCCACAUCAAAUGGCCCCACCCCGUCCCCUCCGGAAACGCCUUCAUUGCCGGCACUUGGUCCGUCCCCGGGCACGGGCCAUGGGAAAAGCUGCCCAUGACCCGCAUCGACGGUACUGACUCCUUCGAGAUCCACCUUGACGUCCAGGAGAUCGAGGAUAUCUCGGACUAUUUCGACGAGGAUGGCUACCUCCACCAUGAACUCCUUGAUCACCACCACCCACACGACCAAUCCCACCAAGGCUCCCCUCCCCUCGCCCCCACUUCUACAACAAGCUCAACGACGACCCAUAUCUCUCGCCGCAAGCGCUUCUCUCGAUUCUUAGGGCGUGCUCGGUCCUCUUCCUCUGCCUCUGCCACCUCAACCACAAGCACCAACAACAAGGACCUCCACAUCGACCUCCCUUAUCAUCAUCAGAGUAAAGAUGGGACUUACUUGCCUCUUGCCCGCGAGUAUCGCUAUCAGUACAAGUUUGUGAUCGACGACGAGUGGAAGUGCGACCACGACCAAGCCCAAGUGCAGGACUCCCAUGGCCACUGGAACCAUGAGCUUGCUGUUGAGCUCGUCGAGCAACCCUCUGCCGGCUCAGGAGGAGGACGCAGCCGAAGCUCAAGCCUCCAAUCCCAGCACGGUCCUCAAGUCUCUGAGCAAGUUUCUAUCAACAAGCCUUUGCCAACCCCCCACCCCACCAUCAUCACCACUUCCUCAUCCGACUCUACCACUACUACUACAACCACCACCAGCAUCAUAGUUUCCCCCGCGGAGGAGGAUGAGAAGGAUCUUGCACGGGAGGUGAUCGAGAAUAUUGAUGUUGGGUCAGCCCCUGUUUCUGCAAGCCCGACUACUGUUACUGCUGCUGCCCCUGUCGCUGCUGAUGUUGAUGCUGCGAUUCCUACCUUGACCACCACAAGAAUGGGCAACAACGUCAAAUCCAGGGACACCUAUGAGGCUGUCCUUAUCUUUGACGAGACAGAUGACUUGAGCGACGGCGAGGGUGGUCGUUCCAAGAGACAACAGGUCGUCGAGUCAGACGAUGAGGAUGAGGAAUUGGAGGAUAACAACAUCAACAACAACAUCGCCACGGAGGAGAAAGAAAUUGUAUUGUUGGGUGAGGAUGAGGAUGUGGUCAAGGCCGAGGUUACACCCCAACAAGACGACCAUGCAUCGUUAUCGCCUGCUGAUCCACAACAAGACAAUUACCCUUCUGAGGAGACCUCCCCUGUCGUCAUCAAGCUGUCUGCUGCCAAUACUGCAGAUGAUACUACUGCCAACCCUGUCUCCCCAUCGAUCGAGGUUGCUGAAGUCAGCAGCGACAAGGUCAUUGAAAUUGAGGUUGCACAGCAGGCUGUAGAGGAAAAGAAAGAAGUUGAACAAGAUGCAUCUGCCGCGGCUAUCGAGGAUGUCUUUAUGAACUCGCCCAGUGUUGCCGAACCCCUUCCUCAGCUGGGCGAGUCCCCCAUCAUCAUCCCUGCCGAGUCUUCGUCUUCUACUGUCGAGGAGGAACAUGAGUCAUCUACUGCCGCUGCUGUUGAAGAGGUUGCCGUUCCUGCCCCGAUUGUUGAGGCCAAGGUUGCUGAACCUUUAGUCGUCGAGACUGAAAAGGUCGCUGUUGUCGAGAGAGCCCUUGAGGUUGAGGAGACGCCUGCUCCUGCUCCCACUGUCUCGUCUCCUGCUCCAACCUCGGUUGCCAUCCCUGCCUCGCCCAACUUUUCGUUUGAGUCCAUCGCUGCCCAGUCUCACCUGCUCUCGCCCGAUGUUGAGCCCGAGACGUUUGUUCUUCAAGCUGCCGUCAAUCUCGACGAGGAGAACACUGGCAAGGAUAAUGAUGGAGUGAACGAGGUCGAAGAGCUCGAGCCUGAUGUCAAGCCUGCUGCUUCUGCACCCCCCGCACCUGUUCCCACCAAGGUUGUCCUUGAGGUUGUCACCGAUGCCUCCGCCAUUGCUGUCGCCACCGCCGCAGCAGCAGCGGCUGCCUCUGCCACCUCUACCGCGAACGAUUACCCUCAGGUCCCAUCGCCUCCCUUGACACCCUCCAAUUUGAGCAGCUCGAAGCGCGACUUACUCACUGACCAGAUCAUCUCUGUCGAGUCGACUGAGACUGAAGGUGAGAAGCAGCAGCAGCAGAACGAGGAGUCGUUUGAACGGUCUGUCUACAUGACCCCUCGUGCCGAGACUACCAUGACCAAGCACUCCACCGUCGAAGAGACGACCACCGUCGAAGAGCCAUCGACUGUUGCUGCUGCUGCUGUUGAGGACGAGAACGCGACGAUCGAUAUCCUUGAAGACAAGGACCUCCCCGCAUCUCUCCUGUCCAACUCCUCAUCUUCCUUGUCAUUGUCCACAUUGAAUGGAGGCCAGAGUAGCAGCCGUCGUAGCAGCAAUAGCAGCACCAGCACCAAGGCCUCCUCCUCGUCCCCGCCGUACCGCGAGAUGGUGGAGCAUGACAAGAGCAAGAAGAACGGGCCUGAACAACACCCCAGCUUAUUCUGGAGCAUCUGCAAGACGACAGCUGUUGUAUCUACUGCGGUUGUCAUUCUUGGUUUGGGCCUCGGACGUAAGAGGGAUUGA